CUUCGAGUGAGAUACGAAUCCAAAACAAAGAAAACGAAGAAAUUAUUAUAACAGAGGAUCAGUUAAAUAAAGUCUUGAACAGGCAAUUGGAACGUCAUAUUAUAUAUUUCGAAAAUUCGAAAGUACUGUUUAUGCCUUAUCCAAUCGAGAUCAUCAGACAAUUCGUUACUUAUGUACAAACGGACGAUCCCGGAUUGACAUCUAUUACACACGCUUUCGAUCUGUAUCAUCUGAGUUUAAGAUUCGAGUUAGAGAAUUUAAGAAAGAAAUGCAGAUCAUUUAUUAUUCUGCAAAUAAGUCUGCAUACCGUUUGUGCAAUCCACGAUUUUGCACGUGACAUCGGUGAUCUGGUCGUAACUUAUUAUUGCUGGGUAGCUUUUGACUAUCACGGAGAAACACUACUUACAACAGUCGACUUUAUAUGCUGUAAACUUGCAACAAUUGAUAGACUGCUAUCUCGACCGAUAUAUGAAUCUGUCAGUGAAUUGCGUUUACUCCAAGCCGUGUAUCAGUGGAGCAAAGAACUAGUUAAAAGACAAUCGGGUAUAGACAACUUCCGUUCGAUGAAUAAAGAAUCGAAAAGAAACGUAAUAAGAAAUGUUAUAAAGCCAUUUAUUGGAAAAGUCAGAUUUCUUGCCAUGAAUGAAGAAGAAUUACAAUCUUUUGUUUUUAAAAUGAACUUGUUAAACGAAGUAGAAAAGAGUCAUAUCUGGCAUGCUUUUAAGUAUAAUAAUUAUUCUUUAUAUCCCAGUUACUUCAGUCGAGAAACAAAAACAAGAAGCAAAAUAAAUUAUUUUAGCUUGUUCUAUUACAUAAAUCGUGGAGAUCCUUUUAUUGUCAUAAACAGAAAGAUGAAAGAUUACAUAUAUUUUAGCAGCGAAGUAGUUGUAAGGGAAGAUUGUUACGUCACGACUCUUCGAUUUCCAAUGAAGCUUCGCGAAACUUUUCCAAUGCACGUAUACGGGUAUAUUAACGAUUUGGACUACGGACAGUUUUCGUUAGACACCGUUUGCAAUAAAGACGGAGUAGCAUAUCUGCAAACAUUUUUGUAUCUAAAAAAAUAUUGGUCAAUUCGUUUAUUUGCUUUCUUUUUCAGCGCUGAAAAUGUCCAUCCCGAUUUCACGUUUUCAGCUGAACUGAGUAACUUUGUGAGCGACGAAGAAACAGAUGCCAGGAAAUUUGAAGACAAAUUUUUAACCUGUGACAGAAACCUUGUGAAUAAUAUUUACUUUUCGGUUGAUUUAUAUUUUUGAAGUCAAAAUUUUCACUGAAAAAACGCGAAAUCUAAACGAGAAUAUAAUGUAAAGUUACUUCGAAUAUGAUUAUUUCUUACUGUAUCAAUGAAUGAAAUAAUGAAUUUAUUGUGUUUUCAGAAAACAAAAUUUAAAUAUAAAAUGCUUAUUAAUGUAAUUUGUUUUCUGAUAUGUAAAUUGUCAUUAGUCAAGUUGUUUAUAUUUCAAAAUUUAUUAUUUCCUAAUAUAUCUUCAUCAAGAAAGUUUAUAGUUGUCAGCAUUUGAACGAUGAUUACGUGCGUGAUUUCAUUUUUUAUCGCAGUAGAUGUUCGAGAAAGAAAUAUAAUUACAAUCAUACAGGAUUUAUCUUUUAUUUCUUCAUGUUAAUGACGAUAGAAAUAAGAAGAGUUAAAACUAGAAUUUUUGUCUAAAUGUACGAGCUAUUCGAUAUCCACGUUUCAAUUUUAUUAUUUACAGUAUUGUUUUUUGUAUUCGUUGUAUAGAAUGUGAUGUUUUACCAUUCUUUUCAUCUAUGAUACUUUACAUAAAUUUAAUUGGCUUCAAAUUUGAUUUUUUUAAUUGAAUGUGUCUGGAAAUCUUACCUGGUUACUGACAUUUUCCGUUAAAAGAACAGUGCGUUUAGAACGAGUUUAUUGCAGAAUUUCUACAGCAGCAAUUUUCAUAAAAUUCAACUAUUCAAAAGCUUUAUAAGGUAUAGCUUUAAUACUACGUGAUUACACUUAGGUAGUUUUAAUAGCGGUACUGUACUUAUUUUUAAUACUAAACAAUGGGACAUUGAAGACCAUUCAGAACUUUUCGACGAAUUUUUAUUGUCAUAUUAUUUAAAAAUUUACAUUAAUGUAUUUUAUUUUGUGGCAAUUUUAAUGAUGCUUGUUUAUUGCAUGCGUGUUUUAUGAAUGGGUAUGUUCAGGUACAAAGACAAGCAAUUAAAUAAUGUUUUGAAAAUUUUAUUCUGUUUUGUGUAAAGAAACAACACUGUGUAAUUGUGUCAGAAGACAAUUACACAGUGUUAUUUAUUCCUUUAAUUGAAUAGAAUGUAAAUAUUUGAUAUCAUGCUAGAGUCGAAAUUUCUUUUGAGUUCGUCUUUUCCUCUUCAACAUAGAGUAUAACAUAACACACAUGAAACGUAAUUAGUCAAAAAGUGAAAAAGUUGUAGAACAAUACAGAAAAUUGUGAGAUAAAAAUGCUAUUUUAAUUACAACUUGUAGGAAUUAGUAUUUUUCCUAUCAGUUUGAUUUAUUUCUAGCUUUAUAGAUGUAAUAGGUAAAUUGGCAGGCUGUUAAGGCUGUUAACUUGAAUAUGUUUAGUGUUUACACCUAUUGAUUAAAAACAUACAAUUUAAUUUGUGAUAAUUUAUAAG